GCCUCCCUCCCACAUCCGCCACUGGCCAGAUGCUGUCGCCGGCCGGGCGUCACCACGCCCAGCCCUUACUGGCACCAGCACACGCCUGCAAGCCCUGACCCGUUUCCCUCCCUGGUUUUAUAACCAGACACAGUUCCAUCUCUGCUGCUCCCGCUUAUGAGUUAAAUUUACCAAACAAGGUCCUUUUUCCCCCGAAAAAAAUCCAUUCUCCAUCUCUCCUUUCCCAGGCUGCACCUCCCCAGGAGCCCCCCACUAUGCAACACAGCUCCAUCCACUGGUUUCGGAAAGGUCUCCGGCUACACGACAACCCAGCGCUGCUGGCGGCAGCUGCUGAUUGCCACCGCCUUCAUCCCCUCUUCAUCCUCGACCCCUCCAGCGGCCGGGCAGGUGCCAAUGCCCAGCGGUUCCUCCUCGACACCCUGCGGGAUUUGGAUGGGAGCCUGCGGGAAAUGGGCUCCAGGCUGUUCGUGGUGCGGGGCUGCCCAGAGGAGGUGUUCCCCAAUCUCUUCCACGCCUGGGGGACGACGCGGUUGACCUUCGAGGUGGACACGGAACCCCCCGCCCGGCAGCGCGAUGCCGCAGUGGCAGAGCUGGCAGCCCGGCAUGGCGUGGAGGUGAUUCAGGAGGUGUCCCACACCCUCUACGACACCAAGAGAGUCCUUGCCUUGAACAAUGGCAAAGCCCCCCUGACCUACAAGCACCUGCAGAGCCUCCUGGCAUCCCUUGGACCCCCGGAGAAGCCAGCCCCAGCACUCACAUGGGAGCAUCUUCGAGGCUGCCACACACCAUGCCAGGUCAGCCACGAUGCCGACUACGGGGUCCCCACCUUGGAGGAGCUGGGCCAGGACCCCACCGCGGUGGGGCCAAACCUCUACCCCGGCGGGGAGACGGCGGCACUCACCCGGCUCAACACGCUUAUGGAGAGGAGGGCCUGGGUGUGCAGCUUCAAGAAGCCCAAGACGGAGCCCAACUCACUGAGCCCCAGCACCACCGUCCUCAGCCCCUACCUCAAAUUUGGCUGCCUUUCAGUCCGCACCUUCUGGUGGCGGCUGGAUGAGCUCUACCAGGGGCAGCAGGAGCACUCCUGGCCCCCCGUCUCUUUGCACGGGCAGCUCCUCUGGAGGGAGUUUUUCUACACCGCCGGUGCCAGCAUUCCCAAUUUCAACCAGAUGGUCGGCAACCCCGUCUGCCUGCAGGUCGACUGGGACAAAAACCCCCAGCACCUCCACGCCUGGAGGGAGGGCCAGACAGGCUACCCCUUCAUCGAUGCCAUCAUGACCCAGCUGCGCACUGAGGGCUGGAUCCACCACCUUGCCCGGCAUGCCGUCGCCUGCUUCCUUACCCGUGGGGACCUCUGGGUCUCCUGGGAAGAAGGGCUGAAGGUCUUUGAGGAGCUCCUGCUGGACGCUGACUGGUCCCUCAAUGCUGGCAACUGGCUGUGGCUGUCGGGCAGUGCCUUCUUCCACCGAUACUUCCACGUCUACUCGCCCGUCACCUUCGGCAAGAAGACGGACCGGGAUGGAGCGUACAUUCGAAAAUACCUCCCUGUCCUCAAGGAUUUCCCUGCCAAGUACAUCUACGAGCCCUGGAAGGCGCCACGGGCUGUGCAAGAGCGGGCGGGCUGUCUGGUGGGCACCCAUUACCCCCAGCCCAUUGUGGAACACGAGGUGGCAAGUAAGAGGAACCUGGGGCGCAUGAAGGCAGCCCGCGCCCGGAAAGGAACCAAGCAGGAGCCACAGGCCGGCUCCUCCAUGGCCGAAUCCCAAAGGAAAAAGCCCAAGAUUGAGCAGCGCUGAGCCCCACAGGGACCCCCAGGCAGCCGGGGUCAGGCACCACUCACCUCAUUUUGCUCAACCCCAUCCCUUAAUUAAUCUCUUCCACUUUCCCACCCUGAGACUGAUUACUUUGCUGCUGCUACCACCCCAAAAAUCAACUCCCUACCUGAGGACGUGCCCCAGAGGAAGGUGAGUCACCCACCUGUGUGAGUCAGCCUCAACUGGAAACCCCAGAGCUGCCGGACAGUGUCCCAGCAGCCAACGCUGCCCCGCAAACCCAAGCUCCGGAAGGGCAACACUCCUCUAGGUCAACCUCCACCCCUGCCUUAGCUGUAAUAUAAUCAUUAUUAAAGGGAACGGAGCAAUUAAGCAAGCACAGCUCAAUUCACAACACACCAUGACCCACCAGCAGCAGCACCACGUUGAAAUCUACAGCAAUACGAGCUUGUUUUGGUUAUGGUACCACCGGGUCGGGCAUCACAAGAAAACCUGCGGUUUGCGCAAUCGCCUGCAAAGAGCGUUAGCAAAUGGGUUGAGGAUAGGGUGAGUGCAAGACAGGGCCAAAGCCAGACCCCAAAAAGGUGUUCAGGUGAGAAAAUAAGGCUACUUUUCCCUCUAAAUACACCCACCAUCAACAUGCUUUAUUUAUGGCGCCAAUACAAAGCGGUACACAGUGACCUUGAAAGCCAGAGAACCGCUUCUCUUCCUGAAAAGCUCUGGAUACACCCAAACUCCUUCAUAAAGGUGCUCAAAAGCAUCACAGCAGCCAUUACAACUUCACAACCUGCUCUUACAGCCUCAGAGGGCUGAAGCUGCUGUGGCACAGGCAGGGCCCCAGCAGAGAGGGAGGCAGC